GUGUGGAGAGCGCAGCUGAAGGGGACAGAGCUGUGGGCAGCCAGAGGAAGGGCCAUCCAUCUUGGGUCUACCCAUAAAAGCAAAGAGAGGUGGGGAAGGAGGAAAGCAUGAAAUCAAGAGGUGAUCAGAAAAAGUGGGUGAGUUAACGUACCAAUUUGAAAUAUGAAGAUUGUAAUUCUACUCCUUUCUCUUCUGGGGCUGGCAAUCUCUUUACCAGUGAACCAAAUGGGCAGAAUCCUUGCUACAAGCAACAGCAGAGAGAUACUACGACUGAUGCAAAGAUACAAAGCCAUGGGGAACAAUCCACAGCAAACACAGCAAAGGCCAAGAUUGGGGCCUGGACUGCCUCCAGCAAAGCUGGUUCCAGAUCAGAAUCCAUCAGUAAACCAGGUGCCCAAUGAGCAGGUUGCUCCACUUGAAUGGACGUUUGCAAAUUUCCCAGUUACUUCCAAUUUCCCACAAAACCCAUCAGAGCUGGGAGGGCCAAACAUGCAAAACUUUCCUGGCUAUAAUGUACUACCAUUCACCCAGAUGCUCCCAAUGGACCUUAAUUCUCUUGCUAUCCUGUUGGGGGCAUUGACACUUCCUCAGACGCUGCCUGUAGCGGGCGUUGGAACAACUAUGCCACAACAGCUGCUGCCACCCCAAUCUAUGCUUCCAAUUAUAGUUGUGCAAAUGGGGCCACAGGGUGCAGUGCUCAGUUCUGAAGAAAUGCCACCACAGUCGCAGAUUGUUGGGGUUCUAGUCCCUGGAGGAGGAUUCUUCCCUUUGGGCCAGGCCCUUCCUGAAGGUCAAGAAGAUCUUCUUCCAGCAAACCAGGCUGGUUCUAAUCAGGGCAACCUACCAUUUCCAGAGGUCACAGCAGCAGCCAUCCAGAAGAUUUCUCCAACAGCAAGUGAUGGUCUGAGCGAGGUUGCAAGCGGGUUAUACCCAACCCCCUCGGGCUUCAGACAGCCAGGCCCUGUGACGAAUGGUGUGUUUGCCGAACCAACUGCUGGCAUGAAUAUGGAGCCGAGUGAACUCCGGGAACCGCCUACUUCUCUCGUAAGACUUGAUAAGGACAAUAAUGGGAAGCAGCAGCACAAUCUGUCUCGGUCACAUGUGAGAGGAGACAGCUACGUGCCAUUAAGCACUGUGGCGAGUAAGCCAUUGAAAGAACCAUAAAGGGAGACCUCUCAAUUA